AUGGCUCGACUCUCGAAUCUCCUACGAGCCGGCCUUCUGGCCUAUACAGUCCUCGCAGACGCCAGCCCAGGUAGUUCCAGCCAGAUCAACUGGGGACCUUGUUCCGAGUUCAACAGCACUGAGCCCAUCCAAUGCGCAAACCUGACAGUCCCGCUCGACUACACCCAACCUGAGUUGAACAAGACGCUCCAGCUCCAGCUUCUUCGGAUCCCCGCCCUCCGUCAGCCCUCAAGGGGCAGCAUCUUGUUCAACUUUGGCGGACCGAGUGUUGCUGGGCGGCCGACCUUGGCUGCGUCAGGCGGCCUAUUCCGAAACUCGACUAGCGAGUAUCACGAUCUCGUCACCUUCGACCCACGUGGCACUGGCAACACGCUACCCUUCUCAUGCUUCGACGAUGAACAGGAAAGGGUCUCCUACUUCCUCAAGAACCCCAAGGCAUGGGGCUCUUUAAUCAUUCCCUACUUCUGGGCAAAGUCCUCGGACAACACGCCCGGCAGGUUGUGGGCCUCGGCCAAGCUCUUCGUUGACAAGUGUUUUGAGCGCAAUGGGGAGAUUGGCGGGCUUAUCGGCAGUGCGUUUGUUGCCAGGGACAUGAUGCAGAUUGUUGAUGCUCUCGGCGAGGACGGUUUGUUGCGGUACUGGGGCGGUUCAUACGGAACGCUUUUGGGACAAACGGCCGCAGCCAUGUUUCCCGAGAGAAUCGAUAGGAUGGUGCUCGAUGGAAACCUCAACCCCCACGAAUACUACCACGGCUACGACGACGAGCAAUGGACGGACUCGGACAAGGCCUUCAGCGCCGUGUUCCAAUCCUGCGUCGCAAACCGAUCCGACUGCCUCCUCGCUCAGCGCUAUCAAAAUCAGACAGCCGCCCAGCUCGAGGACACAAUCUACACCCUCAUUCACGACCUCAACGACCGCCCCAUCCCCUUCAACGGCAAUCUCAUUGACUACGGCUUCGUCAAGACCGGCGUCAUGACGGCCCUCUACUCCCCGGACCUCUGGGUCCUCCUCGACAUCGGCUUCGACGCCCUCAUCUCCCGAAACCUGACCCGCUUCACCGAAGUCUGGGACGCGCUGUCCAAGACGUACGGCUCCAUUGGCUCCGCGGUCGAAGCGCAGAUGGGUAUCCGGUGCAGCGACAAGAUUGUCCGCAUGGAGACGUUGGACGAGUUCCUGCCCAUCAUGGAGCGACAGUUUGGGAUCAGCAGGGUGUUCGGGGACGUGCAGACGGGGGCCGAGAUGAUUUGCGCGCAGUGGCGGUUUCCCGCGAAGGGGCAGUAUACCGGCGACUUCCACGUCAAGACAAGGCAUCCCGUCUUGUUCAUCGGGAACACGGCCGAUGCGUUUACGCCGCUUGCCUCGGCGCGUAACGCCAGUGCUGGGUUUGAGGGGAGCGUUGUCCUCCAGACGAACGGCUAUGGCGUGAGCUCCUUACCUCUGUUUAUGGGAAUAUGGUCAGUAGACUGA